UUCCUUAUACCUCUGCAUCAUUUACUACAACUAGCUACCAUUAUAUAUCUCUUCUCUCUCUUUCUCUAACGGCUGUCUCCUUCUCGGUAAUGUUUUUUGGAUUCAGAGGUCAUUGUUUUGGAUUUCAGUGCUCCAUUUUACCUCCUGAAUUUCCGUGAGGUUCAGGUUCCCAGCAGCCAACGGCAGUGAUCCAACCUAACCUAACCACUUCCCCAUAUUUGAAAAUCAAAACCGCUUCAAAAUAUAUCGUUGAUUGCGAUAGUUUAGUCUCUUUCACACCAUCUCUCCACUUUUCUAUCACUUUCCCGGGAAAGAAAAAAACGCAGUCGAGAAAAUGAGUGAUAGUGUCUCUGAUUUUCUUGAAGAAUCUGAAUUUGGCGACAAUACUUUGGACGGAGACGAUCUUUUUGCUAUCUUUGAGAGCUUGGAUAAUGUGACGGAGUUUCCUCCAGUUACACCAUCCAAUGAAGUAGUGGCGGUUAGUGGCGAAGAAACAACGACGACGAGGGCGAGGCUUGUGUCGCAAAAGUCUACUUCUUCUAGUGGUUUACUAGAGUCUGAGACUGAGCUUGAAAUUACACCAAAGAACAAGAAACAAAAGACGACGGGAACUGGGACGGGGAUAGCUUUUUCAGAAGAGACGAACCCGGAACAAAGAAUGUCUCAUAUUACGGUUGAACGUAACCGUAGAAAGCAGAUGAAUGAGCAUUUAACAGUGUUGAGAUCGCUCAUGCCUUGUUUUUAUGUCAAGAGGGGAGACCAAGCAUCAAUAAUUGGAGGUGUAGUUGAUUACAUCAAUGAAUUACAGCAAAUUCUUCAAUCUCUCGAAGCCAAAAAACAAAGAAAAGUUUACAGUGAAGUCCUUAGCCCAAGAAUUAUUUCCAGUCCAAGACCGUCACCUCUUAGCCCUAGAAAACCACCGUUAAGUCCCCGGCUCAACUUACCAAUAAGCCCACGAACCCCACAGCCAGGUAGCCCUUACAGACCUAGGUUACAGCCACAAGCUGGUUACGUUUCUCCAACCAUGGCUAGCUCAAUCGAACCAUCUCCAACCACUUCUUCUUCAUCUUCCAUUAAUGAUAAUAUUAAUGAACUAGUUGCCAAUUCAAAGUCCGCCAUUGCUGAUGUUGAAGUUAAGUUCUCUGGCCCGAAUCUUUUACUGAAAACAGUGUCUCCGAAGAUUCCUGGUCAGGCUACGAAGAUUAUCUCUGCUCUUGAAGAACUUUCUCUUGAGAUCCUUAAUGUCAACAUUAACACUGUUGAUGAAACCAUGCUUAAUUCCUUCACCAUCAAGAUUGGAAUUGAAUGCCAACUCAGUGCAGAAGAACUUGCUCAACAAAUCCAGAGAACUUUCUGCUAAUGAAUGCAGUAACUAGCUUUAGCUAGGUCUAUUUCAACCUUAAUUCCAAAACCUAACACUUUUUUUCUACUUGCUUCUUUCAAAUAGAUGCAUGUACUAAUAAACAAUUAUAGGGAGGUGGGUUAAAAUUUCUUGCAGUUACGGUAUUAUAUGAUUUUUACAA